CGGCAAAGACGGAAUCCGGAUAUUGGUCCGAUGUUUGAAAGGUUGACUGUGAGGGACCACAUGGCCAUGUGGGAUGCACUUGCGAGACCUGAUGUCGUGUUUCUUGAACCGGUGAAACUUCUGCAAAUUCUCUGCAUGUUCGAGAAAACGUGUCCUCAACAUGGGAAAGAGGUGGAGGUGACGAUAAAGAAGAUACAUUAUCCUUGUCACAUUUGCAAGUUGCAAUUCGAGUGUGGGAAAGGGUGCACAUGGCACUGGAAUUCCACGAAGGUUGUCAAAGGUGGUGUGAGAGAUUCGAGGGUGGAGACUCAAUUGUUCGAGUCCAGUGUGGCUGCGGGGAUGGCGCACACUCAACUGAACAACCUCUUGAUGGGCCUCGGAAUGAAGAAGGUUAGGAAAGAAACAUUUUUUUUCCGUGAUGAAGGCAAAGGUUCGCGACAGUGGCUGCAGCACGUAGAACGAGUUAUGCAAAGGAGCUUCGAUAGGGUCAUCGCACGUUUGCGCAAAUCUAACGAUUCGAUUGUCAUUUUGGUCGACGGGUGUUACGGCUCGUCUCGUGACGCGCAACAUUGUACGGUGUCGGCGCUGGACUUGAAGUCUGGGAUGAUCGUGGGUACGGAGACGAUGCUGAGGGAGGGCGAGUCAUCGUGGCGGCUGGAAACACAGUGUAUGGAGAAGCUUCUUCAUCGAUUGAAGGACGAAAAAAACCUGAUAAUCGUCGAGGUUGUACAUGAUGAUUGUUGUCUGGUUGACGUCAUCCUACGACGAAUGAACAUUGACUCGCAGAAGUGUAUGUGGCACAAAGCCAAGACUUUGGUGAAACGCUUGCGAGAGGCUGUGUGUGCCACGAAGACUGUCAAGCCAUCUGUGGUGGGCGCUUGCAAACACGUGCGAGAGGUGAAGUGUUUCACCAAGAAGGAACUCGAAGUUUGGCUCGAUACGAAGGGAGUGCACGUGCCUGGAACGGCUACGAAAAAGAAGGACGAGCUCGUUGAAAUAGUGUGGGGUGUGCUGUUUCCCAAUGAAGCAUGGAAGCCGUUGCCAGAUGACGUUGUCGAGAUCGACGCGUUGGAAGCCUUCCAUUGCAGUGCGGCGGAGGAGGCGAAGGAAUGGUUGUACGGCGCUUGCAGGAUGCGUGAACGAGCGAAGGAUGACGACGGCGAUGUGUUGGCCUCACAUGCGCAACACCUGGCCAAUCAUUGGGCUGGGGAUCACUCCCUGUGCGAUAAGGAGUGCUCAAACCUGUGCAAGGUGGCCGGCGGUUCGGAGAGAGAGCCAUUGUACGAGGCUGGGGGUCGGGUUCAUGUCGCGAUUUCGCGAUGUUUGCAACAAGUACUGCACGAAACGAUUGAACUUCGCUUCCAACACGAAGAUGGCAUACUACACACGUGCGAGGAUGACGUUCAACAGCGAAUGCCUCCACUCUGUGAUCAACAAGUACUGCAUGAAACGAUUAAACUUCCCUAAGUCGUAUGAGGCGCGAGUUUGUUGCACCGCGCUAGAAUGGAACAAAAACAAACGAAUCAG